UCAGCAGAGGAGAGGAGGAGGAGGAGGAGGAGACUGAUGAAGCUUACUUUGAGAGAGCGGUGGCGGUGGCGCGGAUCAGGGAGUUGCAGAUGCGGCUGGGGAAGGCGAGCAGUUUCUCGGUGGAGAAGCUAAGGGACAGUGCGGCCGACAUCCAGCGGCACACGGGCCUCCCCGACUACAGCACCUUCCUCACCCUGUACCGCUUCCUGAGGCCCAAAGGCAGCGGCCAGAUGCAGUACUGGGGCUCCGUGUUCAAGCCGCCGCCUCUGUCCGUCCUGCAGGGGAGGCAGCGGUCCGGUGGGAACGAGCUGGGCCGGCACCGUAAGCUCAGCCCGAUGGACGAGCUCCUGCUGACUCUGAUCCGGCUGUGGCGCGGCUCGCCCAGGAAGGAGCUCGCCUCCCGAUUCGGCGUCUCGGAGAGCGUGGUGACCCGGGUGUUCAUCACGUGGUGCAACGUCAUGUACGAGCACUUCCAGCAGCUUCCCAUCGUCUGGUCCAGCGAGACGGAGGAGCAGGAGGAGGAGGAGGGGAGGCCGACGCAGGACGCUCGAGGCCGGCGGCAGCACGCUGUGAAGACGGUUCCCGCUGCGGUGAAGGAGGCGUACCUGCAGGCCGCUGCCUACCUCACUCAGUCCGCCUUACCGGUCGGUUCAAAGACGCGGGCCUUCGACAAACCGCUGAGCCGUGACCGCCUGGUGGAGUUUUUAGAGCGGUACUCAACAGCAGACGGCAGCCGGGACGAGGACAUGGAGGAGGAGCUCGGCAGACCUGAGCAAUCGUUCAGCGAAUCGGAUGAGAGCUGAGACCGACGUGCGACACCUGAACGUCACGUGACAGUCAGUCCUCUGAACGCGGGAAGCCAAACGAAUGCAGAACGUGCAGCCGGACUAAACCAUUCUGCAGCGUAACCAUGUGCCAUGUUGAUCUGAUCGGGCGGCCGGGAGCUCUGCAGCCUCAAAUUAAGAUGCUUAUCAGUUUUCUGACAAAACAGCACCAGCCUCUUCAGAAGUCCCAGAUGUCGGACUUUCCCACCAGCACUUGAACGCAGCGUAAUAGUAAACGCUGGAAGAACAGAAGAAACCGUAAUCGUCUGAAUCAAACGAACAGUUUCAUUCCAAAUCAGAUUUUUAAAGGAAAAAAGAGAGGGUGUUGUGUUUUUGUAAUUUAAAAGGUGGACUUCUCAUUUUUGGAAGCAGUGUGUGUGUGUGUGUGUUUUUAUCUGCACUGCUCACUUUCGGCUACCUCCUUGUUACCCCACAGCGCUGCAGACUCGUGCUGUCACUCAUGAUUAUUUUCACUUUUGAUUAACAUGUGGAUUAUUUUUUGGGGGGGAUAAAUCGAUUAAUUAUUUAGUGCAUAAAGUGUGAAAGAUAAAGAGAAAUCCUCAUUGGAGGUGAUCAGAGCCCAAAGUGAUGCCCUCAAGUGUCUGCCUUUGUGUGACCAGCAGCCAAAAAAACAAAACAAAAACCCAGAGUAUUAAUUUUUUUAAUGAUAUUAAUGGAGAAAAGGAAGACAAUCUUUGCCUCGUAGUGAUUUUAGUGCAGCUGGAAUCAGAUAAAAGACUAAAAUCAUUCAUCAAUUGUUGAAAUGAUGUUUUUCUGUUGAUUGAGUUUACAGUCUGUCUCCAAAGUAUUUACACUCUUGAGUUGAACUAGAUUUUAUUUUGAAUUUUUUUUUUUUUAAUUUGUCCAAAUAGAAUAAUGUAAAAUAAGUUGCUAGUGUGCAAAAAGAGAAGUUCAGUAAUCGAUCAGUCAGUAUUUUUGCCCCUUGUGAAUCUUUUGACUGGGUUCCUUUAGGCCUUGAAAACCCUUGAAAGUGUGUGAAUUUGAAAACAAAAAAAAACCCAAAGAACGCACUAUGAUGAAUUUCACUGAUGUGGUAUCUUUAUUAUGUUGUUUAUUUCAUGUGAUUUUAUCUUUUUUUUAUUGUAAAGUGUCUGUGAGUAGCAAGAAAGGUGCCAUACAAGUAAAAUGUGUUAUCUUUAUUCUUAUCACUUAAAACAUACAAGCUCGGAGUUCUUGAUUUUCACAAUGCAGGACCUUUGAAAGGCAUUGAAAAGUCCUUGAAGUUGUUGUUUUUAAUGAGCGUGGGAAUUCUGCUGAUGCUUUAGACAAAGAGGAGAUCCAUGUCAAUGCUUUUUUUUUUUAUUUCAAGCACUUUCAAGGAUUCAGGGGAACCUUGUUUGAUCAAAAUCAAGAUGUGAAAUUCCAUUCAGACACCAGCUUAUUAUUUUCCAGGAAGUUUGCUCUGUCACAAUAACAGGUCAACCAGAUUAAGAAAAAAAAAAAACAUGUUGGCUGAGGAAAAGAGAAAAAAAUAGAAACAGAACAUGUCAGAUUUACCAGCGUCUGCAGACAGAUUUUUGGAGAUUGCACCAAAACGGCCAAUUUUUCCUUCCACUGUGUAUUUUGGAUUCAGACUUAACAGUUUUUGCACAUAAUUCAAAGCAUUUCCUGUGACCGUCUAAACACCUGGCACCUAAAUCACAUGAAACAAACUAUAAAACCAAAAAAAAAAGUAAAUCCCAUUGAGCUCCAGUCAGUCCUGGUCUGUUGCCUGCACUGUUUUCUGCACUUUUUAAAGUCUUGGAUGUCAAAUUGUGCUUUAACUUUUUUUUUUUUUCUGUUUAACUGUGGGACUUGUGUCUGUGUUUAUCUCAGUCACAAUGAGGCAAAUCUCCUCCACACGUCGUGUAGGGGAACCUGGUGAAUAAAGGUUAUUAUGCGUG